AAGAAAGGCUGUACAGCUGCCCCUGAGGAAGCAGAUAAAUUGAUGAGCCAGAGUUGGAGAGGAGGAGAUAGAGGAUGGAGAGGGGGAGGCAGUCAUUACUCAGGAGGCUGGAGAGGUCGACCCUGGAGGGGGAGAGGCAAUGGGAGAGGACAAGGUGGAAACUGGAAUAGUAAUGCUGGAAGAGAUUCUGCUUGUAUAUCAAGUGCUAAACCUCGAUUAACACAGACUACACUGGACAAGUACAUUCCGUACAAAGGCUGGAAGCUUUAUUUUACUGAAGCUUACAGUGACAACUCUCCAUUUGUGGUGAAGGUUCAAGCAUUCGAGAAGUUUUUUAACAGGCAAAUUGAAUUAUACAACAAGGAUGAAAUUGAAAGAAAAGGAAGUAUAUUGGUGGAUUACAAGGAACUUUUACUGGAUAGCGACAUCACUUCAUGUAUGUCAUUGUCUUCCGAGUUAAGGGAAAUGCCUGAAAAAAUUCUGGACUGUAUGGGGCUGGCAAUACACCAGGUCUUAACAAAAGAUCUCGAAAGUCACGCAGUUGAAUUACAGGAGCAAGAAGGUCUUCAGACACAGGAAGCACCCAUUGUUAAUGUGCCAUACAUUCAUGCUAGGGUAUACAAUUAUGAUCCAUUAACCCCUCUGAAAAAUCUUCGAGCCAAUCUCUAUGGUAAAUAUGUGGCACUGCGUGGUACAGUGGUACGAGUGAGUAACAUUAAACCACUGUGCACCAAAAUGGCCUUUUCAUGCAACAUGUGCGGUGAUAUGCAGAGUCUGCCUCUUUCGGAUGGAAAGUUUACAGUUCCAACUAAGUGUCCUGUGCGAGAAUGCCGUGGGAGGUCAUUUACUGCAAAAAGAAGUUCCCCUUUAACCGUAACCGUGGACUGGCAGUCUAUCAAGGUGCAGGAACUGAUGUCUGAGGAUCAGCGAGAGGCUGGUAGAAUUCCGCGAACGGUGGAGUGUGAAUUAAAUCAGGAUCUAGUAGACAGCUGUGUUCCUGGUGACAUGGUGACAGUAACAGGAAUUGUUAAAGUGUCUAACACUAGAGAUGGGGGUUAUAAAAAUAAAAACAAUAAAUGCAUGUUCUUGUUGUACAUCGAGGCAAAUUCCGUCAGUAACAGCAAAGGUCAGAAAAGCAAGGAUACAGAAGACGGUGUGAGUCACAGGGCAUCUAUGGAUUUCUCAUUGAAAGAUCUCUAUGCAAUCCAAGAAAUACAAGCUCAGGAAAAUCUUCUAAAGUUAAUAGUCAACUCCCUUUGCCCUACGAUAUAUGGACAUGAGAUUGUGAAAGCAGGGCUGUCACUGGCACUGUUUGGAGGCUGCCAAAAAUACGUGGAUGACAAAAACAGGAUUCCUGUUAGAGGAGAUCCCCAUAUUCUUGUGGUUGGAGAUCCUGGUUUGGGAAAAAGCCAAAUGUUGCAAGCCGUGUGUAAUGUUGCUCCUCGUGGUGUCUAUGUUUGCGGAAAUACCACCACAUCCUCCGGCUUGACUGUGACAUUAUCCAGAGAUAGCGCAACUGGAGAUUUUGGUUUAGAAGCAGGAGCACUCGUUCUUGGAGAUCAAGGGAUAUGUGGAAUAGAUGAGUUUGAUAAGAUGGGUAAUCAGCACCAGGCUCUACUGGAAGCUAUGGAACAACAAAGCAUUAGUCUUGCCAAGGCAGGUAUUGUGUGCAGUUUGCCAGCCAGGACGUCCAUCAUAGCAGCCGCAAAUCCUGUGGGAGGACACUAUAAUAAAGGCAAGACCGUGUCGGAGAAUUUAAAAAUGGGUAGUGCUUUACUGUCACGGUUUGAUUUGGUGUUUAUCCUUCUCGAUACUCCAAAUGAAGACCAUGAUCAAUUGCUUUCGGAGCAUGUAAUGGCCAUGAGGGCCGGAUCUAAAGAAGUCUUACGCAGUGCAACUGUUACACGUGAAGAAACCCAAGAAUCCAAUACUUCUAUCUUAGAAAUGCCCUCGGAGAGACCUUUAAGGGAGAGAUUAAAGCUCCGUCCUGGUGAGCAUUUCGAUGCCCUCCCACACCAGCUACUAAGGAAAUAUGUAGGAUAUGCUCGCCAAUAUGUUCAUCCGCAAUUGUCACCUGAUGCAGCUCAGAUACUCCAGAACUUUUACCUUGAACUGAGAAAACAGAAUCAAGGCAUAGAUGGCACUCCCAUUACUACAAGACAAUUAGAGUCUUUAAUCAGACUGACCGAGGCACGUGCAAGAUUAGAAUUAAAGGAAGAGGCUACUAAAGAGUUUGCAGAAGAUGUUGUUCAAAUAAUGAAACACAGCCUUUUGGGAACAUACUCUGAUGAGUUUGGAAACUUAGACUUCAAUCGAUCUCAGCAUGGCUCAGGAAUGAGUAAUCGAUCGCAGGCGAAGAAAUUUGUUUCUGCUCUUAAUCGGAUUGCAGAAAGAACCUAUAACAAUCUGUUUGAGUUUCAGCAACUUCGACAAAUUGCAAAGGAGUUACAAAUACAAGUUGCUGAUUUUGAAAGCUUUGUGAGUUCCCUCAAUGAUCAAGGUUACCUAUUAAAAAAAGGUCCCAGAGUUUAUCAGCUCCAGACUAUGUAGCAUUUACGUGCUGCACAAAAACUCUGUGGUCAAACGAAAAGCGGACCUGUCCACAUUGGACAAUGAAGCACAAUGUUUAAUGUAUACUUUGUAAAGCUAACUGUAAAUAUAAAAUGCCUCUUUAUGUAAUCUGCCUGUGUACUACAGAGUUAUUUUGUAGGUGUGCUGUAAUUGAUUAACAAACAAAUAUUUGUGUGGUAUAUUUUAUAUCUAAAGUUGACAAUCACGUCUCGUUAUUUAUGUAUGUUUGAAUGUAUAAUCUGUACUGCGGCACAUUAUAGUAAUUAA